CCACUACUCCAGAAAGGGAGCCAGAAGGGAGCAGAAUCGGACCGGUCGUCAUGUGCGUUCCCUCCUCCGCCCCGUGCCUCAAAAUCCCGCCCUCCCCCUCCGCCCCCUUCUUCCGAUUCUCCUCCUCCGCCGCCCCGAGGCCCAGCGUCGUCAGCGUCGCCACCACCAUCCGCAGCUCCCAGACCGAGGGCCCCUGAGGCGCCCCGUCGCCCCUCCCCUCAGGCCCGUCCCCCUCCCGCCCCCUCCUCCUCCCCGCCGUCGUCCGCGGUCGCCCCGCCGCCCCAGCAGCCGAAGCCGCCGCUCGCCCCGGGGGCGGCGGAGGCGGCUGUGGAGGACGGCGGCGGGAUAACGCUGGAGUUCCAGAGGCAGAAGGCCAAGGAGCUGCAGCAGUAUUUCAAGCAGAAGAAGCUCGAGAAGUCCAAUCAAGGCCCUUUCUUUGGGUUCAUCGGCAAGAACGAAAUCUCCAAUGGAAGAUGGGCGAUGUUUGGUUUUGCUGUCGGGAUGCUGACAGAGUAUGCCACGGGCUCGGACUUUGUGGAUCAAGUGAAAAUACUUCUCUCUAACUUCGGAAUAGUCGAUCUGGAAUGACUUCUUCUCCUCUGGGUUCCCCAUAGCAUCAACUCUUUUUGGUGUAUGUAAUUUGGUUCAAAGUCAGUAAUAUUUUCAAUGUAUAAUGUUUUUAUUGUGAUCUUCAUUUGCUUGCGAAUGAAUGAUGCUCUCAAUUGUUUCCUCAAUUUUUCAUACAUGUAAGCUGUUCUCCUGAUCUCGUACUUGGACUAGGAUUGGAUCAGUAGUCAAUUCUUACAGCUUGAUUUAGUGAA